AUGGCCGAAGCGAAGCCCAAAACGUCCCCCAAAGCCGUCAAGUUCCUGUUCGGGGGACUGGCAGGGAUGGGGGCCACAGUGUUUGUGCAGCCCUUGGACCUUGUGAAGAACCGGAUGCAGCUGGCCGGCCAGGGAAGCAAAGCUCGGGAAUACAAGACCAGCUUUCACUGUCUGACCUCCAUUCUGAGGACCGAGGGCAUCGGGGGCAUCUACACUGGACUCUCCGCUGGGCUGCUUCGACAGGCCACCUACACCACCACACGUUUGGGCAUUUACACAAUCCUGUUUGAGAAGAUGACCUCUGCUGACGGGAAACCGCCCAACUUCUUUAUCAAGGCCGGCAUCGGGAUGACAGCGGGAGCUAUUGGAGCGUUUGUGGGAACUCCAGCUGAAGUAGCACUGAUCCGGAUGACAGCAGACGGAAGACUGCCCGCUGCAGAGAGGAGGGGCUACAGCAACGUCUUUAAUGCUUUGGCUCGAAUCACACGAGAGGAGGGCGUGACGACCAUGUGGAGGGGCUGUGUCCCCACUAUGGCCCGAGCUCUCGUGGUGAAUGCAGCACAACUGGCCUCAUACUCUCAGACCAAACAGGCUCUGUUGGACUCAGGGUACUUCGGCGAUGACAUCCUCUGCCACUUCUGUGCCAGUAUGAUCAGUGGAUUGGUGACCACUGCUGCAUCAAUGCCUGUGGACAUCGUCAAGACCAGGAUCCAGAACAUGAAGAUGAUCGACGGAAAACCAGAGUACAAGAACGGACUGGACGUCCUGAUGCGUGUGAUCAAUAAAGAAGGCUUCUUCUCACUCUGGAAAGGCUUCACUCCGUACUACGCUCGUCUUGGACCUCACACGGUGCUCACCUUCAUCUUCCUCGAGCAGAUGAACCGUCUGUACAAGAAAUACAUGCUGGACAGUUAG